UAUGGUGUGAUUUAUAUUUUUCUGAUGAUGAUGAUGAUACAGGUCAUGACCCUUUGCCUCCACUGAAGACUGCACAGGAUAAGGACAUGUAAGUGAUGAUGAGGACGAGGAGGUGGAGGAGUGGUGAAGGACGUCCCCAUCCAAUGCCUGGAAGAUGAGGGACUGACCUUGUCACCACCUUUAGAGCUGGCAGCCAUGAAGUGAAAAAUGCUGUCAGACACUAACACACCAUGAAGCAAGAGCAGCUAUUCCUGGACCUGACUGAGUGUCAGACACAGGCUGCAGAGCAGUCCAGCAGCUCCACUGUCCACGUGCCAAAUUCCUUUUUUACUCCACCAAAUAUUAAACCCUGGAUUUAUUAUUCACAGCGCUCUCUCCCUACAGUUGGCCUCAUGUCGUCGUCAUAUGCUGCUGCUAUAUCAGCCCUCCUCACAGCCAGCUCCUCACCGGUCAGUCCCAGCCCUCAACUCUCCCGAGGCACAGCGAGGAGUCCUGAACAUUCUCCUCGGCCCUACAGACCUCAGUCACCAGAUCCUUUAGGAUCAUAUGAGGAACAACAGGAGGAUCCCGCAGACUAUGACACGGGUGGUUAUUACCUUGUGGAGAUUGGAGAGAUUUUUGUUGACCGUUAUCAAGUAGUGAAAAAGUUGGGAUGGGGUCACUUCUCGACUGUGUGGCUUGGCUGGGAUAUGGUGAAAGGGCAUUUUGUGGCUCUGAAGAUGGUGAAGAGCGCUAAAACAUUCACAGACACAGCACUGGACGAGAUCAAGCUUCUGAAAUGUGUCAGGGACAGUGACCCCAAAGACCCUCAACGAGAAAGAAUUGUGCAGCUCAUUGAUGACUUCAGGAUCUGUGGAGCCAAUGGAGAACAUGUAUGCAUGGUUCUGGAGGUUCUUGGUCACCAGCUGCUGAGCUGGAUAAUCAAAUCCAACUACACUGGCCUCCCCCUGCCCUGCAUUAAGAGCAUCAUCCGACAGAUUCUGCAAGGUUUAGAUUACUUGCACACUAAAUGCAAGAUAAUCCACACUGACAUCAAGCCAGAAAACAUCCUCUUGAGGGUGGAUGAGCUUUAUCUACAGAAACUGGCUGCCACUCACAAUAUCUGGCAACUGCCAGCGUCCCCCACUAGCUCCUCAGUACACAGGGGCUGCAGAGAAAAGAAGAGUUCGUCCAACUUCUGGGGGAAGCUGACCGGAGUUUUUCACACUUUCGGGGAGUGGUCCAGCAAGAUGAACCCACUGAUGAAGAAAGACAGGCCUCAUCGAGGGCGAGAGUCCACACCGGAGCACAAACACGCACAGUCUCACCUCAUGGGCGCUAAUCUCACGUUAAGGAGGCGGACCCUGCUGUUAGAGGACAGACUGGACCACAGAGACUCCAUCUGCUCAUGGCCCGACCUUGAUACAGAUGCGUCUGUCUCUCACUCUAGAUCAGUGUUAUUAAAUCAUACUGCACAGUUACCAUCAUCAUCAUCAUCAUCAUCGUCAUCUCCCAGUGGUCUCAGUGGUUUGGAUGUUCCUUUGGACUUACUAAAUCCAGAGAACGCUGAUAACAUCAAGAUCAAGAUUGCUGACCUGGGCAAUGCCUGCUGGGUGCAUAAACACUUCACUGAAGACAUCCAGACUUGUCAGUACCGCUCUGUGGAAGUCUUGAUUGGUGCUGAUUAUGACACACCAGCUGACAUCUGGAGCGCUGCCUGCAUGGUGAGACAAACACUUUUCUUUCUAACGUUUUCCACUGUUGAAUACAUGUGUUCCUCUGUCCUGCAGGCGUUUGAGCUGGCGACUGGGGACUAUUUGUUUGAUCCCCAGUCGGGAGCCACAUUCUCCAGAGAGGAAGAUCACAUUGCCCACAUUAUUGAGCUGCUGGGACCCCUGCCUUUACAGUUUGCUUUAUCAGGGAGAAACUCCAAACAAUACUUAAACCAAAAAGGACAAUUACGACACAUCUCAAAGCUCAAGCCAUGGAGCUUAUCUGAAAUCCUACAAGAUAAGUAUGAGUGGCCACGGGAGGAAGCUGCCAGGUUCAGCUCUUUCCUCUUGACUAUGUUGGAACUGCUACCAGAGAAAAGAGCCACAGCUGCUCAGUGUCUUAAACACCCAUGGAUCAGCUUGUAGACAGUCUCUGUAGAUUCUAGCUCUCUGUUCAGUGUUAGACUCAGGUCUGGGUCAUACUUUUUACACCUACAUACCUGCAAAGGUCUGUUGUGGUCUGUGUGACGUAAAUGUCAUUGUCUCCUGCUGUUGUUAUCCAUCUAUGUCUGCAGUGGUGCAUGGUGACCCUUUGUGGAUGGACCCCAGGGAGCAUGUGUACUCAGUGCACAUGCUCCCUGUUGCACUACACUUCCCAGUCCAGUUGGCGGUGCACUCUUGAUUUUGUAAAAAGACACUGAGAUCUGCACCAGACAGCACAGAAUAGCUUUGUUCACCGUGGUGAGCUAAACAGUGAUUGAAUAAAUUCGGCAAAAUUCUCAUUUCCAAGGAAGCUCCGCUUCUCUGGGAGUCACUGGAGCAGUGGGUGGGUGUGGAACCUUUUCUGUCUCAGUCCCAUGUGGAUUUUGCAGUUGAAGUCAUGAAUCAAAGAGUAAACCUCAGUGAUAUAGACCAUGUCUGAUUGUAUAUAUUACACACUGUAAAUAAAAGCACUACAGUUUUAGCACAUUUGUUUUUUUCAGUUGUUAGUUAUCAAUGUGAUUUAUGUGGAUCGGGUGGGUUGACACAAACACAACAUUUAUGACAUGAUGCAGAACAUUUAUACAAAAAGAAUGGAGGGCAGAAUUUAUGUAUAAAUAACAGGACCUGAAAUCAACUUCCCCUGAUUUAAAGACCAGCAUCUGCCUCUAAUAAAAAUGGGGGAGAACUCUACUGAAAUAGAACAUGAGGUGCAAGAUCUACAAAUGUUCAUUUGUAAACACAUUUGUAACGUGUGUGAAAGUACAAAGUGACAAAAUUUGAAAAGUAUAUUGCAUAGUUGAUGGAGCAGCUGUGGGACGAAUCUGCUGCUGGUAUCAUGCACACAGUUUUUGCCAAGCUAAUACUUAUUAGCUGAAAGUUGAAAGAUGUCAAAUGAUGAAUGUGUAUGUAGACGACUAUGUAUUAUAACACUUUUCUAGUCUUGAUGACCAUUUAAAGCUGCUGUACACUACAUGUGUGCAGCUCAUUUUCUUUCUUUUUUUGAAAAUGCACUGGAAAGACUGUUUAUUGGCAUUUUUAGUUAAACAAAUACAAAUCACUGUUAUGCUUUCAGGCACAAGACUGGUGGACUGAAAUGCACGACUCCAGACAAUAUAAGGUUUAACAAAAAGUUUAUUUAAUAAGAGUAGAUACAAAAACACUCUCAAGGAGGAUCAAAAACUUGAACAAAAAACACUCACUGGGAGGAUUCCAGUGUGACUGGCCAUUGUGAUGUGCCUCUCGUGACAUCACAAUGGCACAGUCCCCAGGUUUUACACCAAAUAAAGCUAUCAAAGCAGGUGAAUCAAUAACCAUACUAAACACCUCACUCAAGGAGUUAAAUAUUGUAAGCCGGAAUGAACCAAGUCCAAAACAUGUGUAUUUAUGUCAUAGUCACAUAUAGGAUUAAUACUGAGGUAAAUCUUAGCCUGUUUGGCUUUGGUUAUGUGAACACAGUAAGGCCAUAUCUACUACAUGAAGAAGAUGAGUGGACUUGCUCUAAAACUGAUUUCCACAAAUCAUCAGAGAGAGGUGUGCCAAGAUCUCCCUCCCAAAGAGUCCUAAUAUUGGAAGUGGGCUGAGGAUUUAUGUUGGUUAGUGUGUCAUGGAGCCUUGCGAUGGCACCCUUAUGACUUGUCUUUGUGGCUAGAAGAGUAUCUAGGGGUGUCUCUGGAGGUAACUCAGGGAAGAAUGGUAACCUUUUCAAAUAAAGUCCCUGAUCUGAAAGUGAUGUGAUUGGGGUCACAGCUGAUGCAAAUACCCCCUCAAUAUACAAAUUGUUAACCACUCGUAUUCCGUUCCAUGCACAAAAAGACAGAUCUAACUGGUCUGGUGACACAAUGGGUGCCAUUAAGGAGGCUUUCUGCAGGCCGAAUUGCUUCCUAAACUGUGACCAAAUUUUAAGUGUGUGAGCAAUGACCAGAUUAAUGUAUGAUAUUGAAUGACUUUAUUCCUCCCCUAGGGGGGAAACACACAUAAUACACAUAAUGAUAUAUGAGUUGCCAUAGAGGGAAGUAACUAAAUGGAGAAGUAACUAAAGAGUGAAAAGGGAGACCUUGUUCUUCUAUCCUUACCCACUCAGGUGCAUGCUCAGGAGGAUUGCUUUGGACAUGUGUGAUAACUUUCUGAAUGUUGCUGGCCCAGUAAUAAUGGUUCAAAGGGGAAAACUUCACCUUUUUGCAUAUUAAGCUUGUAGCCGGAGAGUUUCCUGAACUCGUCCAGCUUAGAUAGAAUAGAUGGAAGGGACAUUGCAGAGUUGGUAAUAUAUAGGAGAAGGUCGUCUGCAUAAAGUGACACCUUGUGCACCCGUCACUUCAGAUUAUUUCCUCGAAGGAGCGACUCUUGAAAAGGUGUCAAAAAGGAAGCCCCAUUCGAGAAGGAGUGUCAUCCUUGAAUAAAUCCUGUUUUAUCAAGGCGCUUGCUAGGCACUGUAAUCCACAUUGAGUAGGCUAAUUCCUUCCUCAACUGUCAAUGGAUUAUCAAGAGUUGACCUCCAAGUGUUGGUCAAUCUAGGUAAAUUCAGUUCCUGGUAAAAAAGAGUCUGCUUCCUCAAGGCCGGUGGUACACUCAGAUGUAUAUCAUUUACCAUAGUACUGAGCAAAUGUAUCAUUCAUUUGUUUGUGGUGAGUGACUGUGGACCCUGAAGUGCCAAAAGUCUGCCCGCUUUGUCCUCAAACUCAUACACGGUAUGUCUGGUUCUUAGAAUCAGGUGCUCAGCUUGUGUGGUUUUAGAUUUUGCAAGUGAUAUUUGUUGAUUCAAAUGAAUAGAUUAGUGAAUGUUCACUUUCAGUGACUAUGAUUGUUUAAGUGAUUUAUGUUAUUUGAUUUAAUAAAUGAUUACUUUUAUUCACUU